AUGAGGUGCGGCACACCGGAUGCCGCGGCCUCGGCCUCAGAUCACUUCUUAACACGAUCCCCGUCGGCCGUGCUCCCUCUCACUUCCAAGCUCACACAGACACACGCGCACACACGCACAUAUCCACUCCCUCACCCGAGCUGUCUACCUCCUUCCAUCCGUCACUACUUAAUCUCAGCCAAUCACUAGCUACUUGUUUAUCUGCCUCCUCCUCCUCCUCCUCCUCCUCCUCGUCCCUCAGUACUCUCUCACUUGCCCUCAGUUAGUUACAUUGGAUCAGCGAGUGUCUACAAACUCAUAUACUUGUGUCUCCAAUUCAAGAGAACGCAAACUCUUGACUCCGUUUUUCUUGGGAUUCUAUAUCUCUUCAACGACUGUGUUCCUUCAGUAAAUAACGAAUACUGACUUCCGUUUUCUUAGUUUCUGCCUUCUUCAUUCUCCCUUUUCUUCAAUGUGUACUAGUAGUUGUCACUCCAAGGCAUUCAGUACAAGAGCGACAGCGAGGGAAAAAAAGGACUGACAAGUUAAGGAAUGAUACACUGAAAAGCUACACAACCAAUAACAGAUCUCACCAAGAAAAAUAACAACCAAAAAGAAAAAGAAAACAAGAACGAGAACAACAACAACGAUAACAACGUCAUAGUGAGAGAGGGCAGCACCAGAAGGAGAAACUUGAUGGAGGCGAUGGCGAAGGUCACGAUGCCGGUGAUGGUUGUGUUCCUGAGUCUCUUUCAGGGUGGACGGGUCGACUCUUUCGGAAUACCCGAGUUUUUAGAGUUUGGGGAGUGUGCGCCAGUGAAACCACAAGAGAACCUCAACUUUGAGAGGUACUCUGGCAUCUGGUUCAACAUAGAGAUGGUGCCCAACGAGUACGUCAACAUAUUGAGCUGCGCCAUGGCCAACUACACAUGGGAAGGAGACCUCAUGGUGGUGGAGGAACGCGGCCUCAGCGACGCGGGGAUGAAGAUGCGUCAGUUCUCCUCCAUGUACCCGACGGAGGGACAGCCUGGGGUGCUCACGGUGAACGCUGAAGGUGUACCCAGCGCCCCCUAUGUGGUGGUGGACACGGACUACGAGCACUACUCCUGCGUGCACUCCUGCCUGGCCAUGAUGGGCUUCCGCGCCGCCUUCUCGUGGGUGUUUUCCCGCCACCCGACCCUCGACCCGGCUAUGCUACAGCUGUGUCACGACCGUCUCAAUGAGUGGAACGUUGACACUUCCACUAUGGUGCCCAUGACCCAGGGAAAGGAAUGCCCUUACACCAACAAGUUGGAUUCCCUCCUGGCCUACACCCAGCGUGUCCAGUCCAAGGCUAAGGCCCGGGAGAUGGCGCAGUACAAGGGCAAGGCCAGCACUACGGCGGGUGACAUGCAGACCCUGACGGACCCAAGGCGUGAGGAAGAGGUGAAGGGAGAGCAGACGGAGGCGAGGCAGCAGGAACAGCCACAGUGGGACGUGAGGGAAGUGACGCAGUCGACGCAGGAGCAGGUGUUGCAGGACAGACGCACGGAUGCCCAGCACGCAGAGGAGGAGGAGGCGGCGCUGAGUGGAUGUGACGGGAGAAGCAGGCGAGAGGUGGGCCUGCUGGUGCCCCUGCUGGCCGUUGGGCUCAUCCUCAUGGCCUCCUCGACCCCCCUAACCUGACCUGCUUAUGUUUUCCUUAUGACUGGGCUUUGUCUUUUCUUAUCUAUGUAUCUAUAAUAUAUAUAUAUAUAUAUAUAUAUAUAUAUUUAUAUAUAUAUAUAUAUAUAUAUAUAUAUAUAUAUAUAUAUAUAUAUAUAUAACAAGUACAUACUCACUUGUCACCACAACAACACUAACAAUUACACUUGAUUCACUUCCCUCCCCUGAACACUCGGCUCCCCCGUCCCCCCAACAGCCAACAAAUAUGCGUGUUAUGCACCUAUACAGGUGCCCUGCGCAUCAUUAAUCCAGAUCCAG